AUACAAUUUUUACUCUUUAUAAUAAUUAAUUUAAUCUUAAUAUUUGUGGUGUUCGAAAUAUCUUAUGUAUGAUUUAGAGAUAUACUUAUUAUUUGUGGCAUCAGUGGUAGUUGGUUCAAAUGUAGUAUUUUAUCAUGCAGUCAAAAUCCAAUACUAUGUGCAUUUAUGAUUGUUUUUUAUCUUGGUGUUGCGAAUAGGUACCUUUGGACCAACCUAUGACCGAACAAAAAUGGGUUAAAAACUUAAUUAUUAGAAUGCAUGUAACUAUACGCAGGCACAUAAUCGAGCUAGCAUGACACAGUUAGAGCAUACCAUGAAGAUAAUGUAUAUGGAUCGACCCUAUACAAGUAUGAAUGCUUCAUGGGUCGUACCUGACUUAAAAUUCAAGCACUCGCGCACAAGUGCGAGCACCACAUAGUCUAUAUUGCUACACUCAUGUUUUAUGGAGAAAUGCGCCAUUUGAGAGGAAUAAGCGGUCAUUUGUUCGCCAGGUUUCAGGUCCUCUGAUUCACACUAUCGAUUGUGAGUGGAGAAGAAGCAUUUCGAUCGCAAAAUUGGAUAAGUAAUUGGGAUGUUUCUUGGUUUCUCUCAAUUCCAGGCGGUGGGAAGAAAGAGGAAGGAAAGGGGGAGAGUGGUGGGAUACAAAGCUCAGAGAGAGAGAGAUGGAAGAACAAAUGGAAAAUCAAAGAGGAUUAUCGAGGACCCGUUGGGCAAGUGUAGCCAUCACUGUCUCAUCCAGCCUAAUCCACACCUCUGUACAUAUGACCUCGAGGAUCUAAGCCCUUGAGAAUGAUUAACUUAGCAGUGGAAGGGUAAUAUCUGCUGGCAUCUUAAAGCAAACCCGUCCUUCGCCGCUGGAGCUUCGCCAACUAGAGAAGGAGUUCGCCGGAUCAAACUUCUCUCCCUCUGCUAGAGGAAGAAGAGGCGGACUGUAGCAGCUUCAUUCGAUGGGGAGGUCGAGUUUGGGGGAGGCUGGGAGAAGAACGAUGGGAGCUGGGGUUAGCAAAACGACGUCGUUGGUCUAAGUGAACAAAAGGAGAGAAAAAUCUGACCGAGGGAUUCGAACGCUGGGCUCAUUAAAAGGAAUGGGGCAUAACCCAAUGGCGAUGCGGGGAAAUCCGUCUCUCAUUUUCCAGCAAAUGAUGUUUUAUUGUUUUCGCCCAACUGCCUCUUUUGUUCCCCAUGAGUUUUUCCAUCUAUAAUGAAAUUGCAAGUGAACACAUUUCUUACAAUUUGUUUUUUUAUUUUUGUUGUCACACUAGAAAACAGAAAACAAAAUGGCAAGUGAACGAAGCAUAAGAGAGAGUGAGAGGACAUAUUUAAACGAGGGGGAAAAUGAGGUAGUAUGAAAUAAUUGCCCUCCGACUCUGUUUAGUGGGCAUUCUUGGCCUUGUUGAGUUUUGUUUUAUUUUAGGAGAUGACAUUAUAUUUGUUAGAUUUUUUCCAUUUCAAUUACGGGGUCGUUUGAAAGUUGCGAUUGUUUUGUUGAGAUUGAAAGUUUGAAUUGAAAGAUCGUACAUACUGGCAGUUCAACCAUAAAAUUUCACACCAUAGGCUAAAUCGAUAGGUGAUAUUUAGCAAUAUGAAACUGUUGAACCACAGUUAAAUUAUGCUUUCAGUAUAAAAUACUCUGCUACCAAAUUUUUUGAUACUAUUAUAAUCAUUUGGUUCAAACAAUUCUUUUACACUGGUGGAAACAAAAGUUUUAAGACACAUUUUGAACUAUCUAUUGCACAAAAGCAUAAGUCAGUUAGCGAUAAUGAGAAUAUACGAUCUCAUUCAACCCAAAAGACACUUUGCAACUUCUAUAUUUUUAAAAUAAAUGUAUGUUACUUAUACCCUUGCUCAUUCAUCAACUUAAUGAGUAUUAUAUAUUUCAUGUAAUAUGAUUUUCAUAGGUUUUUAUUUAUUGAAUUGUUUAAUGAAAAAAAUAUUUGUUGCAUGAAAAUUACUACAUUCUUGUUAGACAUGUCUGCGAUAUGAGAAUAAUUUUGGAAAUCCAUACACAAUACAUUGUAAAACCAACUAUUAGCGACAAUUUAGCAUCAUGUCCUGUAUAUUUCAAAUCAAGCAACUUCAAAUUCAUUACAAAUGGUGUGGUAAAAAAUAAUGCUCUCUAUUGGGAAAAACUUCAAGGACAUACUAAACUCUAUGAGAGACAUUUUCUUUCAUCUUAAAGGUUAAUUAUGUAUGUAUUAUGAGAAACAAAUCUAAUAUUCAACUAUAUGGAUUAAUUAAGUAAUGGAUGAAAAUUAGUUACAUUUAUUUCCUUUUUCAUUCAAUAAUUAUAAUUAAUGCUUAUAUUAUAUUUUUCUAGGAAGAAGUUUAAAGAUUGGAAAAAUAGAACUAUGUCACAAGCUGGGAAAGAGAUUCUGAUUAAAGCCGUGACACAAGCUCAAUUCCUAUAUCCUAUGUCAGUUUUUCUUCUCCCUAAUGGGAUUAUCCAGGAAAUUCAAGGUUUGAUGGCUAAUUUUUGGUGGGGUCAAAAGGGGAAAGAAACUAAAAUCAAAUGGAUAUCUUGGGAUGAACUCUGUGAUGGGAAGGAGGAGGGAGGCAUGGGUUUUCGUGACCUGAAGGCAUUCAAUUUGGCUAUGUUGGGGAAACAUGUUUGGAAUUUGAGAUCGAGGCCUCAAUCCCUUAUGCUAAAGUGCUAAAAGCUCGGUAUUUCCCAAAGAAUAAUAUUUUUGGAGCUAAGUUGGGAUAUCGCCCUAGCUACAUAUGGAAGAGUAUCUUGACAGCUAAGGAGUCUAUAAUGGAUGGCUUUAGAUGGAAGGUGGGAAACGGGAAGUUAAUAAGGAUCUGGGAUGAUGAAUGGAUCCCUGGAAAAUCUUUUUUCUAUCCAGAUCCUGUGCCAGCUAAUGAGUUCCCGGAUGAUUUGGUUAGCUCGAUUAUCGAUCAACAACAGGGGACAUGGGAUAGUGAGAAAGUUGAGAGAUUAUUCUCUGCUCAAUACCGGGUGUUGAUUUCUAAGAUUCCUCUAAGUUCACCUCCAAAAGAGGAUUCUCGGAUUUGGAAGGACUCUGUUUCGGGUUCCUAUACUGUAAAAUCAGCCUAUUUCUGGAUUCGUAACAAGCAGCAAAGCAAGAUCGAUCUUUCUCACGGCUCUGGGGAGGAUAAUUCUGAGUUCUGGCAAAAUCUAUGGAGUCCUCCCACCCAACCUAAAGUGAAAAAUUUUCUCUGGAAACUCUGUAAGAACAUCUUACCAGUUGGGGCAAACGUGACUGAUUGGGUUGAAACGGCUGGAGAUGAAUGUACAUUCUGUAAUCUUAAAGAAACCCAGAUGCAUGCGCUCCGGGACUGUGCUUGGAUCAGGCGUCGAUGGCAGGGCUGUGAAGUGGAAAACGUCUAUAAAUUAGGGGAAAAUCGAACUCCAAUUGCAUGGAUGAAAGAGGUUUGGAGGGUGUGCAGUAUUGAACAAAUCCAGAAAUUUACCUCGAUCCUCUGGUUCCUCUGGAAAGAGAGGUGUAAUCAGAAAUACAACAACCAUAAGCUUGAGGAAGGCGAUAUCAUUCCCCGGGCGAUGUCCUGGAUCGACUCUUAUCUCGCAGCCCAAGUUUCUUCGCUCGGAUCUACAGUUUCUGGGGCCACGCUAAGCGACUCCCGGAUUCAUCAAUGGAGUCCUCCCCCGGUCGGCUUUGUUAAGCUUAACUCUGAUGCUGGGGUUUUCCAAAAUGGGGGAGUGGGUUUUGGCUGUGUGCUUAGAGAUUGGAGGGGAGCUUUCGUUGGAGCUACUAUGAAGAAGGAGAAGGGAUCUUGCAGUCCAAUUGAGGCUGAGGCUAGGGCGUUGGUGAUAGGACUGGUGGAAGCAAAUCGGAGGAAUUUGAGCCCCUUAAUAGUUGAAUCAGACUGUCAAGUGCUCAUCAACAAGCUGAGGAGGAGGGAGGAGGAUUUCACCGAGUUGGGAAGUUGGUGCGAUGAAAUCUUGAGGUUGGCGAAGGUGAAUGAAGGAUUGUCGGGUUCUCAAGUGAUUUGGUCGUUUGCGGGUAGAAAGAAGAACAGGGUUGCUCACUGGUUGGCCCACUCGGGGUCGGUUUGGGACAGACAAGUGGUUUGGACCGAAAAUCCCCCACUCUCUUUGCUUGUUCUGUUGGAAGAAGAUUUGGGCCGUGGCCCAUGUAAUAGAGGUUAAGUUUGAAUCGAAUACAGGUUCCCAUAAAAAAAUAUAUAUUUUUCUCUUUUCAUGAAGGUCUAAACACAAUAUGCAUAGUUGGAUCACUUUCAAAAAUAUUAUGUGCAUAACUAAGUUAGAAAACAAUCAUUUUGUGCAUUUCAAAUCUUCUAUUAUAUAUCAUAUUUCUCGACAAAAAUUUUCCGACCAACGGGCCAGGUCCUGUGCUAGUAUAUUUAUAGAUUAGGCUUUUAAUUUUUUGGUAGUGUGUAAGGAUGGCAAUCAAACCCAUGGUCGCGGGUAUCCGACCGUCCCCGACUCAAUCAUUGCGGGGAUCCCGGCAUUGACUGGGUAAUGGGAGGGUAUGGGUAAAACCCGCAAAACGUUUGAUGGGUAUGGGGCGGGUAUGGUUUUAGCCUCCCCCGCCCCAUACCCAUACCCACACCCACCCCACUAAGAACAUUUCUUCACAUAUAACAAAUAUAUGAAUAAAAUUGUGAUAUAUGAAUGAUAGUGAGGGUACCUCAAAAAAAUAAAUAUUAGAAAUGUAA